AUGGACCAGGAUGGGGAAGAACCAAAAUGCUAUGAAGAAGCAUUGACUUAUGAUCAACCAGAUGAGUGGUUGAAAGCCAUUCAUGAAAAGAUGCAAUCUCUACUUGAGAACCACACAUAUGAUUUGGUGAACCUACCAAAAGGUUUCAGUCAGAAGAAAGGAAUUGAAUUGGAAGAGAUUUUCUCACCCGUAGUAAAGAUGUCAUCCAUACGGGUUGUACUCGGUUUGGCUGCAAGCCUAAAUCUCGAGAUCGAAUAG